CGCUCCCCAUGAAAAACCAGCUCCGCGGCCCCCCAGCGCGGGCGCACAUGUCGGCCUCGGGGGCGUCGGCUGCUGGGGACACCGGUGCGGGGUCGGAGCCCGGUGCGGGGUCAGGGUCCGGCGCUAGCACCGGCGCGGGAGCGGCGACGGGUGCGGGGGCCAUGCCCUGCAAGAGCGCCGAGUGGCUGCAGGAGGAGCUGGAGGCGCGCGGCGGCGCGUCCCUACUGCUGCUCGACUGCCGGCCGCACGAGCUCUUCGAGUCGUCGCACAUCGAGACGGCCAUCAACCUGGCCAUUCCGGGCCUCAUGCUGCGCCGUCUGCGCAAGGGCAACCUCCCCAUCCGCUCCAUCAUCCCCAACCACGCCGAUAAGGAGCGCUUCGCCACGCGCUGUAAGGCGGCCACCGUGCUGCUCUACGACGAGGCCACGGCCGAGUGGCAGCCAGAGACCGGCGCUCCCGCCUCGGUGCUUGGCCUGCUCCUGCAAAAGCUGCGCGACGACGGCUGCCAGGCCUACUACCUCCAAGGUGGUUUCAACAAGUUCCAGACGGAGUAUUCAGAGCACUGCGAGACCAACGUGGACAGCUCAUCCUCACCCAGUGGCUCACCACCCACCUCCGUGCUGGGCCUGGGGGGCCUACGGAUCAGCUCUGACUGCUCAGACGGGGAGUCCGACCGAGAGCUGCCCAGCAGUGCCACGGAGUCGGACGGUAGCCCUGUGCCAUCCAGCCAACCAGCCUUCCCCGUCCAGAUCCUGCCCUACCUCUACCUUGGCUGCGCCAAGGACUCCACUAACCUGGACGUGCUCGGCAAGUACGGCAUCAAGUAUAUCCUCAAUGUCACGCCUAACCUGCCCAACGCCUUUGAGCAUGGUGGCGAGUUCACCUACAAGCAGAUCCCCAUCUCGGACCACUGGAGCCAGAACCUCUCCCAGUUCUUCCCCGAGGCCAUCAGCUUCAUUGACGAGGCCCGCUCCAAGAAGUGUGGUGUCCUGGUGCACUGCUUGGCAGGGAUCAGCCGCUCGGUGACGGUCACUGUGGCUUACCUGAUGCAGAAGAUGAACCUGUCGCUCAAUGACGCCUACGACUUCGUCAAGAGGAAAAAGUCCAACAUCUCGCCCAACUUCAACUUCAUGGGGCAGCUGCUGGAUUUCGAGCGGACGCUGGGGCUGAGCAGCCCGUGCGACAACCACACCCCCAGCGAGCAGCUCUACUUCUCCACACCCACCAACCACAACCUGUUCCCACUCAACACCCUUGAGUCCACGUGAGGCUGGGGCACAGGUGGCGGGGGCCGGCCCCUCCCCAACCCACCCCCCCCCAGCCCCUCGGGCGAGGUGGGUGGCCCACUCCUGCUACGUCCAGCCAGAACCCAGGCAGCCUCGGACAUGGCCAAUGCCCGGAGGCCCCCGGUGGGCGGGCAGCCGAGCUUCCCUCACCGCCUCGGGGCGGGCGGACCACAAAGCGAGGCCUCCCUCCACAGGACUUUCUGGAGAGGCCCUGAGCUCUGGGACACAUGGCCUCGGGAGGCCAGCGAGGCCUCAUCCUUGUCCCAGGACACUCCAUCAGCAGAUGGGCCAGCCAGUUGGGCUGUUUUUUAAAGACCCAUCCACGGACCUGAGUUUACUUUUUACUUUUGGCAGGUGAUCCAAGCUCCCCGGAGCACGGCAAGCGUUCAAGCUCUUCUUGAUUUUUCUUUUUUAAUGAAAAGUGUUAUUUUCAGGCUACGCAACAGUGGAUUGUAUAAACCAGUAUUUCAUCCCUUCCUUGAUCCUGCGAGAGAGAGAGAGAGAGAGAGAGAGAGAGAGAGAGA